AACAAGAUGGCGGCUGACUGUGACAGUUUGGCACCACAGCCUGGACAGUGUUCUUCUUCUUCCAGGUGUUAAAGUGCCUUUAACAGUGUUACGUGUAACUUCCAAUGAAGCAAUGCAUCUGUGAAUAAGAAUCAUGUCACGUCAGUCACGUCCAGUCAUCCCACCAUCCCGUCCCAGCGGCAAGUCUCCUACUACUCAAGCCUUCUCCCUCCUCCAGAAAAAGCUGAACACAGCCGAAGCAGAAACCACCAGCCUUGUCCGACAACUUGCUGACCUUGGUUUCCCAGUAGAAGAUGGCAACCCUCACCCUAAGACAAAGAGUGGCUCUCCGGAUCCAGUGGCCCCUUUCCUCCCAUCCACGGCCGAUUCGGAGGUCCUCCAUAAACACUACGAGGCGUUGGUAGCUCGGCUGUGCAGGACAGAGAGCCAGUUGCAAACCUUGAAGCUGAACCUGUGUGCCUUGCAAGCAGAGAGGGACUUGAACCGGGAACAAUCGGCCUCAGCUGCGGCAAACGAGGAACGGUUGGCUCAUCUCAAGGAGGAACACCAGGAGGAAGUCCGGCAGUUGAAUAAGGAGUUAGUCAGGACGCGGACAGAAUGGAAGGAGACAUUGGAUCAACGAAACCAGGCUCUAGAGGAGGCUAGAAGGCUAAGCAAUGCGCUGGAGGCAGCAACUACUGCCAAGUCGGAGCUUGCUGUAGCGUAUGAGGAUUCGAUGUCAAGCAGGCAAAAGAUGAACAAAAGGAAUGCCGAGUUACGAGAAGAGUUGGCCAGAGAGGGCAGUCUUCGCAGGAGCCUUGAGCAAUCCCAUGCUGCCUUGCUGGACAGGGUCAGGGAGAUGGAAGGGGUCGUGGAAAGCGAGAGACAACAGGUUCAAAUCCUGUCUAGUGACUGCUCAGAUCUGAGGCAGGAGGGGGUUCGAAUCCAGGAAGAGAAGAGGAAUCAUGCAACCCGGCAGACGAGGCUUGAAGAGGUGGUCAAGACCCUGCGGGCAGACCUUGGUGCUAAAGAAGUUCAGUUGACUGAAUUCCAUGAAGAAAAUCAGGUUCUUCUGGCUACCCUGAACGGCAUCAAGCGAGAAAAUGUGGCACUGCGCAACGAAAUGCAGAACUCCAGGGCAGUGUCAGAGAACACAGAGACACAGGUCAAGCAGUUUGAAGAGGAGAGGACUGCACUGUAUAGUGCGUUGACCCAAGCACUGUCUACUAGUACAAGCCCAACAAGCUUACGGCAACUCAUAACCAAGAUAUCAGAGCCAGGGUCCGUAGCCAUCAAAGUAACUGAGAGUCUGCGCCGGCUUGAAGCUGAGAGGGCCAGGCUUCAGUCCCAGCUGACAGAGGAGACGCAGGCAAGAACAGCAGCAGAACAACUCAGUUCAGAGUUGCAGAUGAGUUUACAAGUCACAGAAGAACGUUACCAGGAUGUGACAAGGCAAAACCAGAACCGUAUCCAAUCACUGGAAAAUUCCUUAGAAGAAUUAAACAAUGAGUUGGCAGCAUUGCGGCACCACAACCAAGAUACCUUGAAAGCAAAGGAACACCUGUUGGAAGAGGUCAAUCUGGCUGUAGAUGGCAUGUCAGAGGAGACAGAGAAACUCCAGAAGGAACUUGCCCAGUCUAAGUUGGAGCUGACAAGUCUUGGACAGGACAAGCAAUACUUGAUGGAGGAGAACAGACGAUUGAUGGAACGCAUCGCGGCAUUGGAGCAGCAACAGGAUGCACAGCAGAAGGUCCAAUCAACGAUGGCUGAGCUACUAGACAGUAAGAACCGUCUGGCCUAUGACAAGGGGAGAUUACAGAGCCGCGUGGCCCAGUUACAGGAGGAACUACAGUCAUUAGCUAGUGCAAGGACUGAGGGAUUGCAGCUACAGAAGGCUAAUGCAGCCAUGCAGGCACAGUAUGCCAAGACUACGAGUGAGUUGAGUUCAGUCAAAGUCACCAUGCAGCGACUGGAGAGUAAAUUGAGACAGGAGCAGGAGCUUUCUGGCAGAAAGGAGAAAGAUUUCAGUCUGGCUAUCCAGGCAAGAGAUGAAGUCUUGCAGGAAUGUCAAAGGUUACAAGGUCAACUCCAGGUCAUGCAGGACAGGGAAAAACAAAAGGCAGCAAGCUUCCAAAGAAGCCUCGCUGAUGCAAAGACCGACCAGGCCAAGAUUGCGGCAACCUUAGAAGGAGUCGUGGCAUCUCAUAAACAGCUGCAGACGGCUGUAGAGAACCUACAGAUGGAACUAGGACGCAAGGAUAGCGAGCUAUCGUCACUCAGGAAUGAGAGGCAGAGCAGGCAAAAGACAAUGGGAUCACUCCAGAGGGAGGUAGAGAAGUUGACAGAAAAGCUGGUUACCGUGGAAACACUGGAAGGGACCCAGUUGGACAGCCUACGAUCUGAUCUGGACAGAGCGUUAGCAGAGAAGAGUAAACUUGGUCAGACGGUGGAUGAGUUGCUACAAACAAAUGGGAAGCUACAAGCAACUACCGAGAGGAUACAGAAUCAGCUACAGAAACGCAAUCAUAAGUACAAACUGCUACAAGAAACAAGGGAGAGGGAAAAGUCUGAUCUUCAAGCCCAGCUGGAGGGAUCCAGAGACCAGCUGCAAUCCCUCCAGCUCCAACUAGCCACCAAGCGAGACACAUCCCUCAAGAAUGCUACCAAGGAGGUGAGCCAGCUGCAGCAGGCCCACCAGGACCUGACGAGGAGGAUCAAAGACCUGUCCCAGGCCAAUGCAGAGCUCCACGCCAAGGUGGCUAGCUUAGAAGAAACCUGCAGCAAGCAGCGAGAUAGGAUCAGCAGUCAGAAGGCACAACUAGAGAGCUGUAGUAGGCUGAGGAAGACCAACGCAGAGAUGACAGAGAAGAUCAAAGGCAUCAGUCACCAAUUAUCUGAGAUGGAAGCAGCAAAGCGAGAGUACACUCGUAAGAACAGCGAGCAGGCUAAGACUAUCUCCAACUUUGUCAAGCAAGUGGCAGGGCUUCAAGCUGACCUAGAGGCUCUGUCUAAGGUUCAGGAUAGCUUGUCAAGCAGCACCAGGAAGAAAGACCGGCAGGUAGAGAAGGAGCGAGUCCAUCUACAGAAGCAGGCCAAGGGCCUCCAGGAGGCUCUGGUCAGACUACAGGUAGAGAAGACUGAUGCUGAGGAGAAACUGCUGGAAGCUAGCAAUGAAUCAAUCCAGAUAACAGCUAAUCUUCAGGAGGCUCAUUCCUGGUUCAAAGGCAGGCAUGAUGCGCUACAGCAGGAACUGAUCGAGGCUCGACAGCGACAGACACAACUGGAGAGGACCAACACGGAGCAACAGCAGCAGCUACUGCAGGAGAGAAUGAAGGCUGCUGAGCAGGCACAGAGAGCUAGGAAUAUGAUCAGGGCCAGUAGACAGGCCCUGAGUCACCUCGCUAGGCAGGCCGAGGCAGACCAUAAGAAGACCAAGACACAGAUGACUUCCAUGGUCAAGAGAUUACAAGCAGAGAAGGAUCACUCAACGUUUACUGAUCGCAAGCUGCAGAAUUUCAUGGAUAUCAGUGGUCAGUAUAUUGAGGAGCUAGCGAUGGAGUUGGACAGACAUCGCGAUGGUCACGAUGACAGCACAUGACAAUCAAGUCACUUUUGAGAGCUUUGUAAAUUUGAUGUUUAUCAGGCAUGUCAGGGCCCCCAAAUGAACAUGAACAUAUUUUUUAAUGCAAAUUUUAGAAAGACAUGGUUUAUCUUUUACUUGACAUGCUUGAAGAGGAUGACGCUCUUUCUUCAAUUGUUUUUUUGUUUCCUUUUUUUUUAAAUCAUGAUGGUGUUGCCUGUCUUGAUUUUUUUUUUUUUUUUUGCAGAUUCAAAUUUAAAAUAGCUUCAUUUUAUCAAAAUAUGUAGACAGUAUUGCAAAGUAGCCUUAUCUACAUGAAGGUGUUUUAACAUUUUUGGAUUGUCUAAAGGCAAAUUUACCAAUAUACAAUGUAGUUGAAAUAGAUUUGAUCAAGCAUGAAAGUUCAUUUCCUGUCCCAUUAUUACAUCAAGUAAAUAAAAGAUACCUUUUUGGGACUUGAGUUACAGAGCUCAUAUCAGGAGCUUGCAACACCAUCACAUUAUUGAUGUUUGUGAAGAGGUUCACCAUGAACUCUUAAGAAAAGAAUGCAAGACAUUUUUCUUACCUUUAAGUAAGUGCCUUUUAAUAUAACCAAUUGAUGUAAAUAUUGUUUUAUUUAUUUAUUGUACGUAAUAAAUCAAAAGUAUGCUAAACUGAUGACC